AUGACUGACGGUCAAAAUUUGGCUAUUAAAAUCAUUGACGACAUCGCGGAGGCUUUGGAAGAAGUUAAGGAAACUCGAGCCCUAAAUCGCCUCUGUUACAAUCAUCCUAACCUUCCACAGUUUAUGGGUGUAUACGUCAACAGUCCAGCAGAUGAUCUUCUUCAGCCACAAGUCUGGAUUGCUAUGGAACUCUGCGGCGGCGGAACAGUCACUGAACUAUCAAAACGUUGGGCCAAACUUGUUCCUUAUUUGGUAAAGAAGCAUGCACCUCUUCUCUACUUACCACGCAAUUUCUGCAAUAUUGACGGAAGGAGUUCGCCCGGACGUCUUCCAGCAGUCGUGAUGCAAUACCUCCUCUACUCCACCGUCUCUGCUUUGGCGCAUCUCCACUCCUUUGGUGUUAUUCACCGCGACGUCAAAGGCAGCAACAUACUACUAACCGAUAGUGGGGAAGUGAAGCUCGUGGAUUUCGGAAUCUCCUGUCGUCUGAAGGAUACGUUAACUGGACGAACCACAAUCAUCGGAACACCCUAUUGGAUGGCACCAGAGGUGGGUGAUAUUGUGUUAAAAUUACCCCACCUUUGA